AUGGAGAGAUCAAGUAAUGUCUGGGGCUAUGAAUGCAAGAUUAACUAGCAUAAAGAGCCAGAGCUGUUUCCUCAGGAAGAGGUCUACAUCAAAAUCCUGAAUGUUAAAUUUGUAGAUGAUAAGUAAAGCAAAUAUGACAAUAUCAUUUCUUAAUAUAUCUUAUUUAGCAUUAAGAAAAAGGAAGUAGGAGGAAAUUUAUUACUUACAACAUUAAGAGUGCUCUGGUACAAAGACAAUUUAGCUCUUGAAGUGCCAUUAUUUUACGUUAAGGAAUUCAAAAAGGGGGGUGGAUUAUUCAAGAGUCAAAACAUCAAGCUUGUUCUUCAUCAACCAGAAUCCCAUUCUUAAUAUAUGAUUGAGUAUCAUUCAAAGAUACUUAGACUACCAGGCGUUCCUUACAAGCCUAGACUUAAUGCAGAUGUUGUUCUUAAAUUUUAUGAUAGCAACAGGGAUAAAUUUAUACCAUUACUAAAUGAAGCACUCUAGCAAAGACAUUGGAAUCAAUCUAUCAAAAUCACUGCUACACCAGGAUAAUUGGUAGAAGAACCAGUGCAAUAAUAGGUUCAGAGAACAGGCGGAGGUAUAUCAGCCAUUAAAUCACAUAUUGAAUAAAAGACUAAGAUGAACUAGAAUGAGAUCAGCACUGCCUUUUAAGAUUUGAGUAGUCUUAAGGAAAAAGCCAAAGGGCUAGUUUCUAUCGCCAACCAGAUUCAAAACAAAAUAAAAAAGAAAGAACUAAAUGCUGAUGCUGAAGAGAUGAAAGAAAUUCAAAGUGUUAUGUUUAAUAUGGGUCUCAUCACAGACUUUUCAAGUUAAGUCUCAAAAGACCUAGCAGGUAAAAAUUAUUAUAUGGAACUGGCAAGAGAAGUUGAAAAGUUUUCCUUUGGAGUUUUGGAUAAAUUCGGAGGAGUGCUAGCGCUCAUUGAUAUCUACUGCAUGUAUAACAGAGCUAGAGGUACUGACCUUAUUUCUCCUGAGGACUUACUAAUUGCAUAGCACUUUAACUAAGAGUCAUAUUUCUAAAAACUAGUUAAACUAGCCUAGGAGUAACCUGGGCUAACUGCUGAUAGAAUGGCAAGCAUUCUAAGAGUAAAUGUCAUCCUUAUGAAAGAAUAAUUAAGGUACUACGAAUCAGCUAGAUAUUUUAGUUCAUAAAAAGACAUGCUUAUUAGUCAACUUUAAUCAGAGAUAUUUGAACUAAGAGGCAAAGGCAAUAACUAUAACAAAUUAAGAGACAAUAUGAUGGAAAUUGAGUAAGCUUACAGAAGAUUGCUCGAAGAUAAGGGUAAUUUUGAAGAUGGCUUGAGAUCUAAGAUCGAUCAUGGAUUAAUGGAGUCAAAUCACUUAUAGCAUGAAGUAGAGACUUUGAGACACGAAAUUACUUUUAGAUCAAAGUCAAAUGCGGAUGUUGCUACAGAUAUUCAAAGACUUAGACAAAUUAACAUAAUGAGAGACGAUGAAAUUUAUAACUGUGAAGCUGACCUGCAUUAAAAAUCAGAUCAUCAGCUUGCACUGAAAAAUGACCUUGAGGAUCUCGUUUAUGAAGUGAGUUAGUUAAGAGAAGAGAGAUCAAAGUUUAAUCAGGAAAACAUGCUGCUUGUAAAUGAAGGCAAAAUCUCAUAAGAAAAACUACUUUAGCUUUCAAAUAGAGGAGCUGAUUUGCAACACUAAAUCAAGAAUGAGCAGGAAAAAUAGUCUUCAUUUGAGAAAACUCUGGAUGAAAGAGAUCGUGAAGUAGCUAGAAAGAAUGAUGCUUUGUUCAGUACUUAGGCUGAAAUAAAUAGAUGCAAGGAAUUAUGUGACGAGCUUAGAAAGAGAGAAUCUUCUAUUUUAGUAGCUAUUCAGGACAAGGACUCUUUGAAUAAGGACAGUGAAAGAUAAUAUCUACUGGAUUAGAAUAAGUUAACUUAACUAAGAAUGGAUGUUGAUACUUUUGAACUUGAAAAUAACAAGCAAGACAAGCAUCUUGAUAUUCAGAGACGAGAUAAUGAAACUGUCAAGCAAACCAACUCUCGUUGCACUGAAAACAAUCUAUUGCUAAGAGAUGAAAUAGCUGCACUAACUCGUCAUUAAACGCUACUUGAUGAGUAAAACAGAGCAUUAGUCAUCGAACUAGAAAAAUUUGCUCAAACUGAUGAGCAUCUCAAGAAUACUCUGGAUAGAAGAAGACGUAUUUAAGAUAUGAAGGAUACCAUGCACAAGUAACUCGAACAGAGUCACCAGAGAGUUCUUAGAUCCCCAGUGAGACAACAAUGA